AUGGUGUUGAAUUCAGCUGACUACUCCGCCGGCCCUUCGACUAGCACCACCGAGCCUCAAUCGGUCCUCGUCGAGGCUCCAACUUGGGAACUAAAUUCGACCCUUCAUGGCCGCCACAGGGAUGACUUCUCCGCCGGCCCUUCGACUAAAACCACCGGGCCUCAUCCGGUGCUUGUCGGGCCUCCAACUUGGGAACUAAAUUCGCCCUCGGUGGUCGCCACAGUGGAUUUUUCUCUAGAUGACGAGUUCUGGUCCGCCGUAGGCUCUCCGUUUCCCGAUCUAUCCUUUUCUUCUCUGUGGAUUUCAGAUGAUUUCUCCGCCGGCCCUUCGACUGACACCACCGGGCCUCAGCCGGAGCUUGCCGAGCCUCCACAUCGGGAACUAAAUUUGCCAUCCAUGGCCGCCACACGGGAUCUUUCUCUAGAUGACAAGUUCAGGUCCGCCGCAGGCUCUCCGUGUCCCGAUGGCACCACCGGGGCUCCACCGGUCCCUGUCGAGCCUCCAACUCGUUUCAGGCUGGGCAAAGGAAUGACAGUGGAGGUUAACAAACACCUUGGACUUUCUGAACCGUAUUUUUUUGUUGUUGAGUUCAACCACACACCACAGGGGGAAAGCAUAAAUUGGAGAAAUGUGGAGAUUAAUUAUCCAGAUAUUGACAAAGCCUUCAAAGACCAAGAGUCCUACGUUACUCUUUUUGAGCGUCAAGUGAUGGUGAUUGGACAAAAAUUAGCAUAUCUUCGUCCAGAUGCUAAAGAUUUCAGCGUCCUCAAAAAGAUACGCCUCACUCCUUCCCUAAUAUUUAUUCUUGAGCUAGAUGAUGCUUCAUUUUCUCGUGGGAAUUCUAUUUGA